AUUCGUUUAUAUAUAGUGUGUGUGGAUAUUAUUGAUUUGUAAAAUAGGGAGUAUGUUACUAAUACUCUCCACCAUUUUAAUACUAUAUUGUAUUGAGAAAGAAUUCGUCAGUGCAGAAUUCAUUCAUAAAAGUUUUGAAAUCAUCAGUCACACCAAAGAUCCAAAACAGUAUUAUGGUAAAUUUUGUGCAGGAUGCAGAAAGGCAUACGAUACAGUAUUAUUCUUCUUCCUGGACUAUGAUCAACUUUAUAAACUUCAAUCCCGGCUAGUGUAUUUCUGUGAAGCCCUUGGACCAUUGCGUGACCAGUGCGCCUCCUUAUUUACGUUUACAAUGUUCAAACUUAUUAACAAGACUUUAGCUACAAUUGAUCCGGUAAAAUCUUGUGAAGGAUGGUAUCUAUGCUACAAGAAGCCUACAUAAAUGAAUGAAAUAAUACAAUUCGAAGAAUGAAGCAAAUAAUUGUGAUUGAAAACUUCUUAUGUACUUCGUUUUUCUCAAAUAAAUCAAUAUUUUAUUGAUAAUCUAUGUAA